UGGGUCACUGUUACCAAAUGGGAAAAUGGUUUCAAAACAUGAGAGCGAAGGUUAUAGUCUAACUGGAGAGACACAGAGAGAGAGAGAGAGCGAUAGAGAUAUAGAAUGAAUGCUCCGGAUCGUUACGAGCGAUUUGUCGUCCCCGAGGGCACCAAGAAGGUUUCGUAUGAACGCGAUACGAAGAUUAUAAAUGCAGCUUCGUUCACCAUCGAGAGAGAAGACCACACAAUCGGAAACAUCGUUCGCAUGCAGUUGCACAGGGACGAGAAUGUACUCUUUGCAGGCUACAAGCUUCCUCACCCUCUGCAGUACAAAAUCAUUGUUAGGAUUCACACAACUAGCCAAUCAUCACCCAUGCAAGCAUAUAAUCAGGCUAUCAAUGAUCUAGACAAGGAGCUUGAUUAUCUGAAGAAUGCAUUUGAGGCUGAGGUAGCAAAGCACUCAAGGGAGUACUGAUCUCUAGUCCAGAAGCAUGUAUGUUGACAGUGUUAGUGUGUGAAGAUGGCAGGCAUGUGGUUGUAUUAUUUAAGAUGGUGUGAGUUUUGACUUUAUCGGUACUCUGUGAAUCUGUAACCAACUUUUGCUGGUAGUUUUAACUUUGAAUUCACCAAUCUUAUAUAUAAAGCCCAUGCAUCCUUGUUUUC